AUGGAUUAUAAAACAUUAUCGACUGAACCGGAAGUGGUUAAUGUUGUGAUCUCAUGUAUUCUUGAUAAAAAGUUGAAUCCAAGUGAUUAUGGUGAAUAUGACCCAUGUAAAUUUUCUGGAAUAGUACUAAGAGAUGAUAAAUCAUGUCUUCUAAUAUAUCAUUCAACAAAAAUCAAUAUAACAGGAGUAAAGUCACUUCUUGAAGCGGAACAAGUAAUACAUCGGAACUUACCGGAUAUCAAUAUAAUUUCAUCAAGAAUUGUAAACAUCACAGCUACAGCUUCAAUACUACCGGAAAUUAACUUCAAGGACGUUUAUAAUAACGAGAACUUUUCAUGGGAGCCUGAACUAUUUCCUGGUAUUAUCUACCGGAAACGGAAACAUGUUGCAACUCUCUUCCGUUCUAGGAAAGUUAACCUAACUGGAUUCAAAGCAGUUGAAGAGAUAGCUCCCUUUUUCAACGAGUUUCUCAAGAGUUUACCACUAAUAUAA